GACGUCAACAUUGUCCAACUACUAUGUCAGAUUAUCAUCAUGGUGUUUGAGUGUUAAAAUGACAGAAUUCUUCAAAUCAGCGUUUAGUGCCCUGACUGGAAAUAUAUCAGGGAUAGAAAAUGAUUUCGUCGGUCAGAUCGUUGAGUUGGGACAGCAGAAACUUCGUGUACGCCGUGUCAUAGCGGAAGGUGGAUUCGCAUUUGUGUAUGUUGCACAAGAUGUUACGACUGGAAAAGAUUAUGCCUUAAAAAGGUUGCUUGCUCAUGAUAAGGAAAAGAAUGAGAUGGUUAUGAAUGAAAUCAAAUAUCUUAAAAAACUAUCAGGUCAUCCCAACAUUGUCAAGUUUAUUGCUGCUGCCUCGGACUCGGACAAAGGACAGUGCGAGUACCUCUUGCUGACUGAGCUUUGUACAGGCCAACUUAUUUCUGUUCUAAAUGGUGCUGGAUCACCUCUACCGUGCAGUGAUGUUAUUCAGAUUUUUUUCCAAGCAUCUCUUGCAAUACAGCACAUGCACAGACAAAAUCCUCCAAUUAUUCACAGAGAUUUAAAGGUUGAGAACCUACUGGUAAGUUCCAAAGGAAUGAUCAAGCUGUGUGACUUUGGCAGUGCCACAACAGAAACACACUUUCCAGAUAGGUCUUGGUCAGCCAUUCAGAGAAGCCUGGUUGAAGAUGAGAUUACCAAAAAUACAACCCCAAUGUAUCGAGCACCUGAAAUGUUAGACCUUUAUCAAAACUCUCCCAUAUGUGAAGCAAGUGAUAUAUGGGCUCUAGGAUGUUUACUUUACAUGCUUUGCUUUGGCAAUCAUCCGUUUGAGGAUUCAGCCAAAUUGAGAAUCAUCAAUGCAAACUAUAGCAUUCCAAGCACUGAUACCCAGUAUAAGGUGUUGCACAAUUUAAUCAAGUCAAUGUUGCAAGUUAAUCCAAAUGAUAGACCAACCAUCAAUGACAUUAUAGACAGGGUUAAGGAAAUAGCAGCUGCCAAAAAUGUAAACCUGAAAGGAACACUUCACAUUGCUGAAAAUAUACCAGCCAACUUAGUAAUUGACAGUGUAGAAACCAAUCGCCAACCAAAUUCGGUCUUUUAUGAUGGAGAAGGAGAAAGAACUGAGAAUUGGGCAUCAUCAUCAGGGCAAGGUCCAAACACAUCCUCAAUAUUCAGCUCCCUGAGGGGUGGAGCAGGAAAUCUAAUGAAAAAUAUCAAAGAUGCUUCAGCAAAAGUCAUGGAAACUGUGUCUGCGACAAUUGGAAAAACUGACUUGGAUAUAAACUACAUUACUUCAAAAAUUGCAGUUAUGUCAUUUCCUGCGGAGGGAGUGGAGUCAGCUUUUAAGAACCACAUAGAUGAAGUUCGAAGUUACUUAGAGAGUCGUCACAAGGAUUGUUAUGCAGUGUACAACAUAUCCCAGAGGUCCUACAGAGCAACAAAGUUUGAGAACCGGGUUUCUGAGUGUGGUUGGCCAGCCAGAAAAGCUCCAAUGCUUUCAAGCCUCUUUGCAAUUUGCCAGAACAUGCAUCUGUGGCUUCGACAGAAUCCCCAAAAUAUCUGUGUGAUUCACUGCAUAGAUGGAAAGGCAUCGUCAGCUACUGUAGUAGGGGCAUUCUUUUCUUUUCUUCACCUGUUUGACUCCCCAGAGCAGAGUAUGCACAUGUUUUCUGUAAAACGAGGACCACCUGGAGUCACUCCUUCCCAAAAACGAUACAUUGGAUAUAUAUCUGAGAUAGUUGCUGAUCCUCCAUAUUCACCCCACAGUGCAGCGGUUCUUCUGAAAUCAAUGACUUUGUCACCUGUUCCCUUGUUUAACAAAAUGAGAAAUGGUUGCAGACCAUUUGUUGAAGUGUAUGUCAAUGAAGAGAGAAUUCUUACCACAUCUCAGGAAUAUGACAAAAUGAGAGGUUAUCAGACGGAGGAUGGAUUAGCUAUACUUCCUGUAAACACUGCAGUGCAAGGGGAUGUCACUGUGUAUGUCUACCAUGCCAGGUCAACAUUUGGGGGAAAGGUGCAAGGAAAGAUAACAUCUAUGAAAAUGUUUCAAGUUCAGUUUCACACUGGGAUGAUUAGACCAGGAACUACAUCACUCAAGUUUACACAGUUUGAUUUAGAUCAGUUAGAUACUGCAGAGAAGUACCCGGAACAAUUCAGUGUGAUGCUAGACAUUUCAGUGUCUAAAAAUGAAAGACCAACCCAGAAGACACCAUCAUGGAAAGCAUAUGAUGCAUCCAAAGUGUCUCCAAAGGUUCUAUUUUCCAACAAAGAAGAAAUGAUGGAAACACUGAAAACUUAUGGUGUUACAAAUCAGCCUGGGAAUGAUAAGUCUUUGCUGUCGAAACAGAGUUUCAGUGAACAAAACAGUCCAGUGCAAAAACCAAAUGUACCCGACAAACACCACAGAUCAAUUACAAAAGAACAAGAAGAAAAUGAUCAACAAAACGAGUGUUUUAAACGUGAAGCAAAGUCGGACACAACUUCUGAUGCAAUGGGUUUUCUAGCAUCUCUUUCUUGGCAGAAUACUCCCAAAGAAGGAAACCAGAUAAAAGAUACUCAGAACUCUUUAUACAGAGAAGAAGGAGAAGGUUUGUUGUCUGACAGUGAUGAAGACGAAUUUGCAGCACUUUCAGUGGAGCGAGGCAAACCAAACUCUGACAAACGUGAAAUUCGUGAAGAAAAAUUGCUGAGUUUUAAUGAUGAUGAAAGUGAAACUAAUGAAAAAGAUUCAUUUGACAUUGACAAAAGUGAAGAUGAAAACUCAAAAGUUUUUGAUCCGUUUGCAGAAUUUGAUUCCCUAAAUUUAAACAGUGAAGUUGGAAGCAAGGAGAAGACAAACAGUACAGAAACAGAAAAGGAAUUCACUUUAGAUGGAUUUACUGAUAACAGCAAAGUUGACUUCCAGGAAAAGGAAGACAUAACAAACCUUGAUUUCAUGUUUGAUUCUUUGCCACCUCAAAAAAACAAACCAGACACUAAAAGUUCGAAAGAAGAAGACAUGUUUGAUCCUCUUAAUGAGAAUUCUAAAUCUACUGGUGAUGUCAAUCUCCUUGGUUCAUGGGAUAUUCACAAUGUGAAAGAUUCUGUACCUACUUGGAGCAUUCCUAGGAAUCUUUCUGCUUCCAACAUACAUCAAAGUAACUCCACUUCUAACAUUCAACAUAUGGCAGGACUAAACAAUACAAGCAUUCCAAGAAAUAAUAGUGGACCAUUUACAGUAAACCCACAACAACCUGCUUAUGGCCAAAGCCGCUCAGGAAACAGUUCCCCUAUCACAACUGGGCACAAUGCUAGAGGAGUAUCCAGUAAUGUAGCUGCUGACCCAUUUGCUGAACUGGGUAAUUUAUCUGGAAGUAAUAUAGGGAAAUCAUUUGGAAGCAAUCCAAACUUGAAUAGAUCCCAACAGUUUCCAAAGAACCAAACCUCUAACAUGAGAGGACCUGCACAACCUCCAAAGGAACAAACAAACAGCAGUGUUCCAAAGCAACAGGCACAGACUAAACCAAAUUAUAAUGUUGGAGGGUUUGCCACUGGAGCAAAGAAUGACCGCAGUGUCAAAAACCCAUAUGGUGUUAAACCUCCGGUCAAUGUGAAUGCAUUCGAAGAUCUUUUGGGUAACCACCAGUUCACAAGCUCGAAACAAAACAAUGCACCUAAAACAAUAGGUGACAUGAAGAAGCUACAAAUGGCAGAAGAAAUGGACCCUGAAAAACUGAAGGUUUUAGAGUGGAUUCAGGGUAAAGAACGCAAUAUAAGAGCUCUCUUGUGUUCAUUGGACAAAGUUUUGUGGGACGGCGAGAAAAGAUGGCAGCAGGUCGGGAUGCAUGAUUUAGUGACUGCAGACCAAGUUAAAAAAGUGUAUCGCAAAGCUGUACUUUCAGUUCAUCCUGAUAAGCUUGGUGGUUCACCCCAUGAAUCAUUAGCAAAAUUAAUAUUCAUGGAGCUGAGUGAUGCUUGGGCACAGUUUGAAGAAGAAGGAAUGAAAUCCCUUUACUGAAUAACUGUCAUUCCACAAAUAGUCUUAAAAAAAAAUAGUGAUCAACUUACAAUUUACAUAUACUUGUUUGACUUAAAUUGUAGACUAUUUGUUGUUUUAUACAUGUAUGUAGAAUAAGUUUCAAUUGUCAAAUUCAUGCGAGAUUUUAUAAAUAUUUUAUGAUGCACAAUGUAUUUAUUGGUAUGUUUUAAUGCAAAAAAGUUGGGUAUAGAAUUGUUAUUGUUUUAUGUAAGCAUCAUUCACUUAAAAACGGCUAAGCUAAAGGCUAAGCUAAAGGUGUGCGGGUUCAACCAUUGGUGAAUUGCAACUUUUUAACAGGAUGUGUUUGAAAGUUUUUCUAUCUGUGAUUUUCUCCAAGUGAAUUUCUGGAAAGUAAAUAACAGAUCUAGAAAUGAAAAGAAAUGUAGUAUUAAAUAAUUGCAUUACUGAGUGAUGUCAUUUUUUACAUAGGUUACAGGUGCACUCUUGAAGAAUGUUUAUGAAACUUAAAUUUAUUGCAACAUUAAUAUGUAUGAAUUAAAAAUGUAUGAAAUAGA